GGGUGUCCGUCACAGCUAACGGACCGUGGUGGAGCAGCAGCAGCAGCAGCAGAGGCAGCAGUUCGCAUUCUUCGUCUGGUUGAGCCGCGGCAUCACGUACAGGUUCAUGGACUUCUGACUGGGCUGUUCAAACCAAAAAAUCGUCACCCUAAGGCACAGUAUCAUUUUCAUUUAACUGUUAUCCAUGAGAUUCUUCAGGCUUACCUUCAAGUGCUUCGUCGACUGCUUUUGAAUCUCCCCCUGUCAACGGCUGAACUGACCGCGGCGCCUUUGUGAAAAUUUUCCAUCUCUUGGCUGAGCUGAGGGGUUCCAACGUGUGAUAAUACACAAAAACUGCGAUUUUUUUCAUAUCAAGAAGGCGAAAUAACAAACUCGGAAAACCAAAAAAAGACAACUGGAGCUCUGGCAUAGCUGUUACUGUGGCUACGUCUCUCUGUCUCUGCCUCUCUGAGCCCGCCGGGUGCCUUGUUAGCCAGGCACAUUUAUAAAACUUAAGCAGUCUCUGGCUAAACUCAACAAGCCAGCUUGCAUUUUUAAAGAAAAUAAAAUAAAAAAGAUUUUUCUGCCGCUACCCAACAACAUGUCACCUGAGUUGGAAGAGAACAGCCAAGGUGAAAUCAGUCUCCCCCAGCUGGAGGCAGGGACCCUGUCCGAGGAGGAGAGCGGGGGGUCAGCUCGCCCCCUGGUGCCUGUGCCCGGUGCGGGCCCAGGGUGUGGUGAUGGCGGAGGGGCUGGCCCACCACAGAUCCAGGAUGGGGCUGCAGCUGGGACUGGAAACGGGGCUGUAGCAGUACCAGCGGUGGAGAGAGAAACCUGGACCAGACAGAUGGACUUUAUCAUGUCCUGCGUGGGUUUUGCCGUUGGCUUGGGCAACGUGUGGCGGUUCCCUUAUCUCUGCUACAAAAACGGAGGAGGGGUUUUCCUAAUCCCCUACUUGCUGAUUGUGUUCAUUGGGGGCAUCCCAGUCUUCUUCCUGGAGAUUGCAUUGGGACAGUUCAUGAAGCAAGGAGGGGUCUCUGCAUGGAACAUCGCUCCCCUCUUCAAAGGUCUGGGCCUGGCUUCAAUGGUGAUUGUGUUCUUCUGUAACACCUACUACAUCAUGAUUCUGGUGUGGGGCCUCUACUUUCUCUUCCACUCCUUCACCAACCCGCUACCCUGGGCCACCUGUGGACAUCUCUGGAACACCCCGAACUGUACACAGGACUUUCGGCGCACCUGCCACAACCGUAGUGCUGUCCAGCUUGCUCUGCCUUCAUCUGCUACCCCCCUUUCCAACUUGCUCCCCUCUACAUCUCCACUGAACCUGUCAGCCCAACUCGUCUUCAACGGCAGCUGCGUGGAGGCUGAGGGCAUGCGCUCCCCGGUCAUCGAGUUCUGGGAGCGUAAAGUGCUCCGUCUGUCUGGUGGGCUGCAUGAGCCUGGCGACAUCAGCUAUGAGAUGGUGCUAUGUCUCAUAGCCACCUGGAUCAUUGUUUACUUCUGCAUGUGGAAAGGAGUUAAAUCUACUGGCAAGGUUGUGUACUUCACAGCUCUGUUCCCCUACCUGGUUCUGGUCGUUCUUCUUGCCCACGGAGUCACUUUACCUGGAGCUUUAGAUGGAAUUGUUUACUACCUGAAACCAGAUUGGUCCAAACUUGGUGAAGCACAGGUGUGGAUUGAUGCCGGCACUCAGAUUUUCUUCUCCUAUGCCAUUGGACUGGGUGCCUUGACUGCACUGGGCAGCUACAACCGCUUCCAUAACAACUGUUACCAGGAUGCAUUCGUGCUGGCCCUCAUUAACAGUGGAACCAGUUUCUUUGCUGGCUUUGUGGUGUUCUCUGUGCUGGGCUUCAUGGCUGCAGAGCAAGGCGUGGACAUCAGUAAGGUAGCUGAGAGUGGUCCAGGCCUGGCCUUUAUAGCCUACCCCAAGGCUGUGACUCUGAUGCCUCUGGCGCCACUGUGGGCAGCACUUUUCUUCUUUAUGUUGCUCAUACUGGGCUUGGACAGCCAGUUUGUAGGGGUUGAGGGUUUGAUAACGGGAAUCAUGGACAUGCUACCCCCUAAAUCUGUCCUGGGCUCCCUGCGGCGAGAGGUGGUAGCCGCCAUCUGCUGCGUCAUCUGCUUCCUCAUCGACAUGUCAAUGGUCACAGAGGGAGGGAUGUAUGUCUUCCAGCUGUUUGACUACUACUCUGCCAGUGGCAUCACUCUGCUGUGGCAGGCCUUCUGGGAGUGUGUGGUGAUUGCAUGGGUCUAUGGCGCAGACCGUUUCAUGGACGACGUGGCUCGUAUGAUCGGUUAUCAGCCCCUGCCCUACAUGAAGUGGUGCUGGUCCUACAUCACGCCUUUUGUCUGUGUGGGAGUUUUCUUGUUCCACGUGGUGAACUACAAGCCCCUGACCUACAACACAGUGUACACAUACCCGUUGUGGGGUGAAGCGCUUGGCUGGGCACUGGCUUUGUCCUCCAUGCUCUGCAUCCCUCUCACUGUUCUCUACAAACUACUGCGCUGCAAAGGAUCUUUGCGGGAGCGGUGGCAGCACCUAACCACCCCAGUUUGGGGCAGACAUCACCUGGAGUACCUGGCGCCGGAGAGCGAGGCCAAGCUGUUGCCCCCUGCGGGAACCAAGAGUACGCUUCUCUUUGAGAGUGUGAUCUGAUAUGCUGAGCCCUACAGAACACAGAGCCAAGGUCGCCCUUGACAUCAGCACACACAUACACAAACACAUAAAACUAUUCAAAAUACAUGCAACACCAAACCAACACCACAACAAAGUGCAGAUUAGUUACGCACCCUACAGGUUUAAAACUAUGGAAAAGCCCUGGACAAAUGGACCAAAGAUUAGAUGGGAAAAGAACUGAAACACACCUGCACCUAUACAGUAAUCACAGGCUGAUAUUCCCUCCGCUCUGCUUUCUGACUCUACCUCGCUGACUCUCCCCUCUCUUUCCGCUCCCUGCCUUUGUGCUGUCCCGUCCUGUCUUGUUCUGUAAGUGUGACGUGUCCAGUGUAGUUGCAAUAUCCUCCCUUCCUGCGCCUCUCUGUUAGGGUUUCAAUAGCCUCAUUAGUCCUAACAUGUCAUGCCAUUUUGUUCUGAGUGAGCAGAAACUCAAAAUAUUCUGAUGAAACUUUCAAAAUGAAAGACCUCAUAUCUGCUGCUGAUAUGCCAUGGUCUGAAUGUGUGUGUGGAUGCAUGAAUGCCUGUGCCUGUGUAUCUGUGUGUGUGUGUAUGGGCGGGUGCAUGUGUCUGUAAGAAAGAGUGUGUGUGUGGGGCCGUGGCAGUGGUGUCUUCAUUUACAUGUAGCAUUGCCUUUGGUCAUUGUUUUCUGCCAAUUGUACUCUCUUAAUUAACUGUACAAAAAUAACUUCCAUUUGUAAAGAAAAAAAUAAUCAAAAAGAGACAAUGCAUCACCACUUCCAGCUGUGUGUUAUGAACUAACUUAAGUAUCCAGUGUAUUGUAGGGUCUGUGAAUCAGUGUUAACAAUAUUUGGAGGGGAUGACGAUCAGUAUUUCCACCUUGGGAGAAAGAGAGAAACUGAAUUGUGCAAAGAGCAGGAGAUGGGGAUGUGGGGAGGGGGAAGAGACUUGAUGCCAUGAAAAGAAAGAAGCAAUAAAUGACCAGAUGAAGAUGGA